UUGUUUUUAUGGAAGGACAACGAUUCCUUGAAGGCGUAUCUAUCUUUUUAAAUAAUAAACACUGUGGCGUGUAGUAAUUUAUAAUCAGAUAAAUAACGAAUGUUACAAAUGGAUCAAUGUGAAAAUGAUUUUUUAGUAGCAUCUAAUGAAUCUCUACGCGUCGAAUAGAGUUGUUUCAUUAUUCGUGCAGUUUGAGAUUAGACAAUGGAUGCAAAGACUUCAGCAAAAUUUAAGCAAUGGGUUGAUGCUAUAGCAGCAGAGGAUAUCGCUGGAGUAACUACUGAAUUAGAGAGAUACCUGGAUGGUAAUGUUUUGGAGGAAACAAUGAACAAAAUAUUGUUCAAACUAUUGCAACAUCUCUCGCAUGGCGCAUACAAAUACGACAGAUCGAAAACAAAGUUGGGCAGUGAAUUAGCUCGAUUGGCAGAUUUCAUAUGCUCGAAAAUGACGACAGCUUUGAGUGCAAAAAAAUUUUUUUCAAGUAUUUAUCACAUAACAGCUUGUUUGGUGGGUAUGAAUUUAUAUUGCGAAGGAAUGGCGAUCUGUGAUUAUAUUUUGCCAACUUGGGGUUUGUGCGAACCGGAUGAGACUUUAUCGAAACACUGUAUAUUUGAGCCAGCAUCAGCCUUGUGGCAUAGAGCAGCUUUAAAUAUAUUGAAAAACAUGGAGUCUCUGAAUCAUCAAAAUUACAAAUUAUUCAUGAGCAUAGUGGAGUACGAUCUGAAAUUAGUGAAAAUUUGGCACAACAAAUUGUCACAGGAUUAUUUCACCAGAAUAUUAUGGUAUUCCAAGAAAAUAAUGCCCAAAGUUGACAAGGAUUUACUUGAUGAAUACAAAAAAUCGAUUCUCGAACUUAUGAGAAACAGUGAAAUAACGUUGAAUGACGAUAAUUCGGAAAAUAUUUGGAACUCAAUUUGCGAAUUGAUACCCGUGUGGAUCGGCAAGGAUUUGAAUUCCACGAGCAUCGAUUCGAUCGUCAAAAGUUACAGUCAAUAUUUCGAUCUCUUUCGUCGAUCGAUAAUGGCCAAUGAAAAGUACUCGUAUGCCUUCACACUUUGGGAACGUUUGUGUGAAAUACUCCUCAAAAGAGUGGAUGAUUUUAGAGAUGAUUGCGAUACUGAAAUCGAUCGAUGGUUGAAGGAAUUUAACGAUUGGUGCAGGCUGGACAGAGGCGCCGUCCUCAAGCCCUACUGCUACGCAAUUGUUCAACUGUUGACGUCGGUUGUAAAUUAUUGGGAAGAAUACACCAAGAGGAAAGACACGACAGAGCACGUGACGAGUGACAUGAUCGCAGGGAUAUUGAAAUUGUCGGAGGAGCACGGUCGUUUUUUUUCUACCUUUGCGAUUCGGGAUUGUCGUUGCCAAAAGAAAAAUUGUAAAAUAAAAACCGACGUUUGUAGCGAGCUUGUGUUGAAGAUAAAAUGUUUGGUGUUAAUUUCUCGUUGUUCAAAGUUACUGGCGAGUGAGAAAGUGCAAAAAUUGUCAAAGCGAAUGAUGGAAUCGAGUUUCGAAUUGCUGAAGAGCCUAAAGAGCGCAAAUUGCGAAGAAUGGACAUUACUCUGGCCAACGUUAGGAGGAGCCAUUUAUAACAUGGGUGUUAUCUGCGAAAAUACUUUUCCCGAUCAGAGUAUUUGUCUUUACGAAAAUUUAAUAGCAAGUACCGUUUUUCUCGUAGGUGUUAAAUCAGUUAAACGUCUCUGGGGCCUCGACGAUGCUCUCGGCACGAUUCUACACAGAUUGUGGAGCGUAUGUAUGAAGAAUCAACGUUACGAGCGAGCCAAGAAGAUUGCUUCGAUCAAUUGUCUCCUGAGUCACGAUAUUCCUGAGACGAAAGCUUACAAAGAUUGGUCAAGCAUAAAGCACAAAGAGUCAACGGCAACGAAAACAACGCUGCUAGAAUAUUUGCGGAACAACGAACUGGAAAUACCCCAAGUCAACGUCGACGAUUAUGAUCUCAUAAAAGUCUGUCUGCGCGAAAUAAAGGCACUCCAGGAAUCGCAGUUGAACUUGUCGACUUCGAUAAUGGCGGUUCUCGACGAGUUGGAAAAUCUUCAGGCAAAAUCAGUCGAUUACGUUCAGGGUGUACAAUUGUUGAGUUAUCACUCGUUAAAUUUCGAUACAAAUUUAUGCAUCGAAAAGUAUCUCCAAAAAGCGAUUUCAAUGUAUAAACAAGAAACUACCGUGAGCAGUGGUCUCCGUUGCGCUUAUGCGAUGAUCAAAUUUUACGAAUUUGUUGAAAAAACACGAGAAUUCACGAGGAACACCGAGGCCGAUAUGAAAAUUGCGAUACGUGCAUUAACAGGAGGAUUUAAAAAUGCGGAACAGAAUGGCUGCAACGAAUACGACGUUGUACCAGCUUACAGAGCCAUUAACAUGACCGUUACGUGCGAUCUUGAGUCCUCGUUGAAGGAAGCUCUCAUUAGAUGGCAGAAAUUGGUAAAUUCCAAUGGCUUCGAGGACUUGACCGAUUGGGAAAUUCGUUACAGUCUUCACGCGAUCAAAAUCGCUGGUGAAUACUGCCGUUUGUAUCACUUCGAAUAUCUCGAGGACGACGCAUGGAAAAUGGUGUACAAAAUAGCAAUCCAAAUAUCCGACAGUCUUUCAAUCUUGUACGUGACUUCGAGGAGCAUCACGAGUCCAAAUAUUCAUAUCGAUUGGAUCGUCGAAGCGGACCAACACGCUGGCUAUCUCGAAAAUUCCAACGAUCGUCAAACAAUGAAAAUCCUCAUGAGAUACAAACUUUGUUUGGCUAAACUUUAUUACGAUAACAACGAGAUCGAAAAAGCUGAUGAAUUGUUCUUGCAAGUUGCUAGCAACAAGGAAAUGAUAUUCUUGAAAUAUUUAACCAACUUUUUAUUGCUCAAAGAAAUCGAAAUGAAAUAUCGUCUUGGACGCGACGAAAACGACGAUCAAUCUACCUACACAACCAUCAUAAUACAGUAUCUCUACACGUUACUGUCGAUCGAUGACGGAGCUGACACCACGAUUUACGGACGGAAGGAGGAGCAGCUUUACAAUUACGAGAUUUUACUCGAUUACACGAACAGUUUAACUCUACCCAUGAACAGCCUUCUCUCUUAUCGUGAAAUAUCGGCUCAUCUAGUGAAGCGUUUGAGCACCGCUCAAAAAUUGGUCGCUUCCCUCCGUGUUGCCGAGUGCCUCAAAUAUCUCUGCUACAUCGAUCUCUCACGGGCUCAAUUGGAGGAUUGUGCUGUUAAGCUUCAAGGCCUCGAGCACAUUCUCGAAAUCGAAGCCCUCGAGGCGACGAUGCAAAGUGAUUUAUUACCUUGUCGCGAUUAUAAAGAAUUUCCAACGAAUUUGACAAACGUCCCGAGGCACGUGGACGCUGUGCGCGACGUUGGCCAAAGCGAUACGUCGCCCGUACUGCGAAAAAAAGUUUUCGCCAAACCUCAGUUUAUGCUCGAUGGGGACAUUUGUUCGUGCUUCAAGUGCACCAACUUUUGUUAUCAAUAUUUGGUUUUCGCCUCUACGCACAUACGAGCCCAGUUAUUCGCCAUGCAGAAAAACGAAAUUGCUGCCUUUCAACAUUUUCAUGGUGCUAUGGAAAUAAAAAAAUGUAUUCUCAUGAAACGACGAGCUGUCGAGGCCGCUGAAAAAAAUCACAAAUUUUUAUCUUCGUGUCCUCAGCACCAACGGCACAUCAUCGAAUACGUUAUGUUUCAUUUGGAUUAUUGCCAUUUCCUCGAAUCUUCCAUGCCCGAUUCGACGGAUACGAUUACCAAUAUCGCACUCGAUGCUCUCGAAUUGUGCAAUACGUAUAAUCUUCAUAAUCAUCCUCUCUACGUCACCGUCAAUGAGUUCCUUUUUCAACGGCGUUUUCACAAACUAUUUACCAACCGUCAUUAUUCCAAAUUCAUGGUGCCGGACGUUAAAGACAUGGACGUUAGUCGCUACGACGUAGCGUCGGUUCAGGAUGCGGCGAUUUGCGUGACACCGGUACGAGAUGUGAUUGAAAAAAGGCCACCUAUUCCCGUGCGCCGUAGGAAAACACCGCCGUUCUUAUCCCUCGACAGGGUGCCGCCGUUCGAUUCCACCAACGAUCUAACAACGCCGACAUUGAGUGUCCCAGCGGUGAAAACUCGGCGUUUGCGUCGUAAGAUUUCCAAGGAUUACGACGAGGGUGAAGAGGAGCCGGUAGAAAAGUCCGAGGAGCCAUCGAUUCCUGCGAUUAAAAUAACAGUGCCUGACAGAGGCUCUACAAAAGGGAAAAAUUCGUCGAACCGAACGAGCUCGAGCAAGAGAGAUGUGGUCGAAAAAUUACACCCGAUUGAGGGGGAAAAUUCUUCUCUUGCGGAAAUGACGAAAAUGCUUGAGAAAACGGAAAUCGAUGGGAAAAGCCGAGCAAGAAUUCGGAAGAAAGAAAAAAAGAUUGCUCUUCCGGUAGAAAACAGUGACAUAAAGAGCACCAAAUCGAACAAAUCCAUCGACCAAGUCACCAAGUUAUUCGAUGAUAUGUCAAUGAAGAAGGAGCAGAAGUCUGAUCGGCUUCUCGCAGCUCGCUCGUCACAAGAAACCAAAAAUACUUCUAACAAUUCAGCUGCGAGCGCUCCACAAACUCUCUCUUUCCCCACUAGUGCUCUUUCAGAUACCGUUGCAAGUUCCGAGACUGGAAGAUCCGAGCCAGCCCGAAGGGUUAGCUCGAGAUUACGAAAUAGGGACAAAAGUACGGGGCAAACUGUAAGUUCGAGAAAUUCGGAAAUAUCGACCAUUAUAGAAACGAAUAACAGGGAAAACGUUGUAGCUGUCGGUCCAAAAACAAGAAGGAGAUUGUACGCUUCGAAGGAAACAAAUUGCACGGAUACCAACAAAAUAGUCAAAAGUAGUCGUACUAGAACAACCAAAAGUCAAGACGGUUGAAUAAUUCGCGGUUUUGUUACCUGAGUAGUGAUAGAACAAGACCAAUUUCUUGAAAAAUGUCUCCAUUCUCAGUUCAAAAUAUCAAAAAGUUAUAGAGAAUCAUCCAACGAAUGAUUCAAUUAUUCUGUGAGUUUUCAUCAUUAUGAAAUAAUUAUUAAUGCUUAGAUAAUUUUAAAUAAUCACAAAGAACAAAAUUGUCGAUCAUAUUCGUAGUAUCUUAAAUAUUAUUUCAUGUUCUCACAUGCUGGUACUUGAAUUCUGAACGGAUAACAUUUUUCCGGAACAAAAUCCGUACAUCUGUACAUAUAGAAAUAUAUUUAUAGUGAUAUACUUUUUUGCAAAGAAGUUGAAAGUAUUUAAGGUCAUUUUGCGACUCACCGGGUGAGUUCUCGCGUAAGACUGAAAUCUGUUCUUUUUUUUUCUACUUUUAUAAAACUAAGCUUACUAUUGAAAAACGUAGAUAAAUCGACGGAACAAUCAGCAUGGAAACAACGCUGCAAUUUGUAUGAUUCAUCGUUAUUUUUAUAAAUAAAUCAUUUUCACAGUCAGACAAA